UUUUCCCUUUCCCUGGGAGGGCUGUUUUGCGCCUGCGUGCUCAGGAGAUCCUCUGGUCCGAAGAACGUGUCGUCUUAUUGGAAUCCUGAUGGUUCUUUUGUAUCGGUACUUGGGGUUGGCUCUUCCCCAGAUAAGUAGAGCGACAAAUAAACGAAAUUUCAGCCUCAGCAGUGUGUGCAAUUACAUUCAGAAGAUGACUCGUGUGCGAGUGGUUGAUAACAGCUCCUUGGGAAACACACCAUAUCACCGGCCUCCAAAAUGUAUCCAUGUCUAUACCAAAAAUGGAGUGGGCAAAGUGGGUGACCAAAUCCUUCUGGCUAUCAAAGGGGAAAAGAAAAAGGCAUUAAUUGUCGGGUGCAAGUUUCCUGGGCCUCGCAUGACUCCUCGGUUUGAUUCUAACAAUGUGGUGCUCAUUGAAGAUAAUGGGAACCCAAUUGGGACACGGAUCAAAACUCCCAUACCUUCUCUGCUGAGGAAGAGAAAAGAAUUCUCCAAAGUGUUGGCCAUUGCCUCCGAUUUUCUCUGAUAAGCAAGGGGAUGUUGUGUGACAAGCAGUCUCUUGAGCUGCGUUUCUCUUUUCCUUCCCAGAACUGAGGAAGAAGAGUUUGAAAAAAGUAGGAAGAGGGUUGGGGGAGGGUGGCACAAAGCCUUUGUAUAGAAAUUAAAAACAUUUUCCUAAGACAUCUUUGGGGAAAGACGCUUUCCAUUCCUUUGGGUAACAGUUGUUCUUCUGAACUAGCUUAAUUAAAGAUAGAGUGUUGAUAA